AAAGUGCUCCUUGAUCAAGAAGUCUCCACUUGGGUUAUCUGAUUAGGUUGAUACGUAUCUCAAGUUUAAGUUCGGGACUGGGAUCUUACAGGCAAACAGCUUUCCACACAGAGCUGAAGCUAUGGUGCUGAUCAGAGUGCUAGCAAACCUUCUGAUACUACAGCUUUCUUACGCACAAAGGACUUCUGAACUGGUCAUUGGAGGUGAUGAAUGUAACAUAAAUGAACAUCGUUUCCUUGUAGCCUUGCAUGAUGCUUUGUCUGGAAGAUUUCUCUGUGGUGGGACUUUGAUCCACCCGGAAUGGGUGCUCACCGCUGCACACUGCAACACACACUUUAUCAUCAUAUACCUUGGUGCGCAUAACCAAAGUGUAGAAUUUGAUUAUGAGGAGACAAGAUACCCAGAGAAGAAGUACUUUUUUCCCUGUAGCAAAAACUAUACCAAAUGGGACAAGGACAUCAUGUUGAUCAGGCUGUACAGUCCUGUUAGGAACAGUAAACACAUCGCGCCUAUCAGCUUGCCUUCCAACCCUCCCAGUGUGGGCUCAGUUUGCCGUAUUAUGGGAUGGGGCGCAAUCACAUCUCCUAAUGAGACUUUUCCCGAUGUCCCUCAUUGUGCUAACAUUAACCUGUUCAAUUAUACGGUGUGUCGAGCAGCUUACCCAGAGUUGCCAGCGACAAGCAGAACAUUGUGCGCAGGUAUCCUGGAAGGAGGCAUAGAUACAUGUCACGGUGACUCUGGGGGACCCCUCAUCUGUAAUGGACAAUUCCAAGGCAUUGUACAAGCUGGGGGCAAAACCUGUGCCCGACCGCGUAAGCCUGCCAUCUACACCAAUGUCUUUGAUCAUCUUGACUGGAUCAAGAGCAUUAUUGCAGGAAAUACAGCUGUGACAUGCCCCCCAAGUCUCCGCUUGGCUUAUCUGAUUAGAUUAAUACGGUAUCUCAAGUUUAGGUUUGGGACUGGGAUCUUACAGGCAAACAGCUUGCCACACAGAGUUGAAGCUAUGGUGCUGAUCAGAGUGCUAGCAAACCUUCUGAUACUACAGCUUUCUUACGCACAAAAGUCUUCUGAACUGGUCGUUGGAGGUAAUGAAUGUAACAUAAAUGAACAUCGUUCCCUUGUAGCCAUUUUUAACUCUACCGGGUUUUUCUGCGCUGGGACUUUGAUCAACUCAGAAUGGGUGGUCACCGCUGCACACUGCGACAGUAAAAAUUUCAAGAUGAAGUUUGGUGUGCAUAACAAAAAUAUACAAAAUGAGGAUGAACAGAUAAGAAGCCCAAAGGAGAAGUUCAUUUGUCCCAAUAAGAAAUACAAUGAAGUAGUGGACAAAGAUAUCAUGUUGAUCAAGCUGGACAGUCCUGUUAGCAACAGUGAACACAUCGCGCCUCUCAGCUUGCCUUCCAGCCCUCCCAGUGUGGGCUCAGUUUGCCGUAUUAUGGGAUGGGGAUCAAUCACACCUGUUGAAGUGACUUUUCCCGAUGUCCCUUAUUGUGCUAACAUUAACCUACUCGAUGAUGUGGAGUGUAAACCAGGUUAUCCAGAGUUGCUGCCAGAAUACAAAACAUUGUGUGCAGGUAUCCUGGAAGGAGGCAUAGAUACAUGUGGGUUUGACUCUGGGGCACCCCUCAUCUCUAAUGGACAAUUCCAGGGUAUUGUAUCUUAUGGGGGGCAUCCUUGUGGCCAAAGUGGUAAGCCUGGUAUCUACACCAAGGUCUUUCAUUAUAAUGCCUGGAUGAAGAGCAUUAUUGCAGGAAAUACAGCUGCAACUUGCCUCCCUUAUGUUCUACUCCACAGCCAAACACUGAAUGUUUUUCGUUUCUUUGCAGCACAAAGGUCUUCUGAACUGGUCAUUGGAGGUGAUGAAUGUAACAUAAAUGAACAUCGUUUCCUUGUACUCGUGUACACUGACAAGUUGCAAUGCGGUGGGACUUUGAUCAACCAGGAAUGGGUGCUUACUGCUGCACACUGUGAUGGGAGAUAUAUGCACAUAUACCUUGGUGUGCAUAACGAAAGUGUACAAUAUGAGGAUAAGCAGGGAAGAUUCCCAAAGAAGAAGUACUUUUGCCUCAGUAGCAAAAACUAUACCAAAUGGGACAAGGACAUCAUGUUGAUCAGGCUGAACAGACCUGUUAGGAACAGUGCACACAUUGCGCCUCUCAGCUUGCCUUCCAACCCUCCCAGUGUGGGCUCAGUUUGCAGUAUUAUGGGAUGGGGCGCAAUCACAUCUCCUAAUGAGACUUAUCCCGAUGUCCCUCAUUGUGCUAACAUUAACAUACUCGAUUAUGAGGUAUGUCGAGCAGCUUACGCAGGGUUGCCAGCGACAAGCAGAACAUUGUGCGCAGGUAUCCUGGAAGGAGGCAAAGAUUCAUGUGUGGGUGACUCUGGGGGACCCCUCAUCUGUAAUGGAGAAAUCCAGGGCAUUGUAUCUUGGGGGGCCGAUACUUGUGCCCAACCGCGUGAGCCUGGCCUCUACACCAAUGUCUUCGAUUAUACUGACUGGAUCCAGAACAUUAUUGCAGGAAAUACAGAUGCGACCUGCCCCCCGUGA